AUGACGCAAGUGCGAGCGAUCGUCGUCAUGAGCCGAGAAGAGAUAAUCAAUACGAAGGUUUAUAAGGUGAACAAUGGCAUGCACGAUCUGGAGGACAGUACGAGGGGAACGGUUAUGUCGACGGUCAUUUCUCUCUCUCCAAAUACUGUAAAUUACAGCCAGCUUCAGAAGCAUAUCAUCGCUUUUGUCCCACCUAUGACAAGCCAUCAUUCGGCUGGUGAUGGUCCAGUCUGGAUUGAUUCUCCGGCCCGGAGGAAGCCCGAGCAGAGCCAAUUCCAAACCGUGAAGGAGUAA